AUGUUACAAGGUGCUAACCACUGUUAAUCUGUAUAAGUUGAGUGAUUUAGACCAUAUGUAUAUAGUAACUGCUGACAAAACCUGUUGCAAUCGUGAAGUAUUUAAGUGACGUAAUUGGUCUCUCGGUUGUCCUAAGUUGUCUUUACACGAGAGCUUCCAAUGAAAGCCACCAACAGGUGUUUUUGGUCCCUGUAAGUUUGCAGUAUAGUAACCUGCAAAUAAAAGAAGAACGUAGUAUAUCACGGUGUACAUCAUUAGUGCACAAACACACUCCAUAAUGGCAUCAGGGAAACAAGGCCUGUAUGUUGUUGUAUGGGAGUGGGAAAACAAACAGAGGAGGUGGCGGCCCUAUUCACCGGAUGUUACUCAACAGUUGGAAAGAGCUCACAACAAACAUCUACGCACUGUAUUUCUUCGAGAUUCAGAUCCAAAUCUGAAGAAUUUUAAUGUUAACCUGUCUUUGAUGCAGCAAGAAUGUGAAGAGACAGGCGAAGCAGUUGCUGUAAGGAGGAAUUUUUAUCCACAAAGUUCUCCUGCUGGUCAGGGAGCUGUAUGGCAGUGGUCAGGCGAUAUUACUGGUGAUUGGCAUGUUUAUGAUAUGUGUGUCCAGUGCAUCAUUGAGUCAGAGUGGGCUACAGGUGCACGCACAGUAGAUAUGAGCAAGACGUUCCCUCUUUGUCCGUACAUCAUUGAUUUUUGUAAUUUAACGCAGAAAAACAGCCGGACAGGGUUUGUUCGAAGUAUAAGGAGAGUGCAACAGGCUGCAUACCCUGUUGGAAAACCUCCUACUACUCCACAGCAGUCACAGCAAGAUGCAGGUCCAUCAAUGUAUGUGGAUAGACCAAGGAGACGUGGUAGUCGAGAUGAAGUGGAUGCCAAUUUUACUGAUGGAAAACCAACAAGCUUUUUCAACAAAAUGUUUAGCCGUAAUACUGCCGGCUGCACCGGAAGUGGUAGUGGUAACAAGAGUCCUACUUCAUUCUGUGAAACUGAGGACAGUCGAUCUGGAGGAGGCGGGGGAGGAGGUGGCUCAAAGAAUGGGAGGGGAAGUAACAAUCCUCCAAAACCCUUGCCCAGAAGCCAAGUGCCACCUGUAGCUAAACCACGGACCAAUUUACCUCAGCAUUAUGCACAGCAAAAUGUGGACAGUCAUCAUGUUCCUCCUAGUCAUCCCCAUCAUCGGCAAUUUCAGCAAGAUGUGGAAGGACAUGGAAUGUUGGCUUCUAAAACCCUACGGAAUGAAAAUGGUGUUAAUCGCUAUGGGUCAGACCGAACUCUAGAUUCUGAUUGUAGUUCACUUAGUGGGCGGCGACAGAGUGUUGAUACAACUUCGACCUACCUUUCAAUGGAAGAUGAUCACAAUCAUAAUGUAAAACACUUCAGCCAUGAAGACAGAAAUCGACUUACUGACACUGUUGUAGAAAAUCUUGUAAGAUUGGAUUCAGAUGACGAAAUGGCUGAUGAUGUCUUCAGUGAGGAUAAAGAAGUUUGUGAUGUGAUGAGAGGCAUUGUAGGAAAUUCAUCUUCCCCAAGAGCCCCUUCGCCACCUCCCAUUGGCAAGCAACAUUCACAUCAUUACCGGGAGAAUUAUUAUCACAGUGCUCCCUCACCCAAAAAACAAAGCCAGAGCUCUGGUCAUCACUCUUACCACUUCACUCCUAUAAGUCCUGAGGCAGACCAGCCAGUGAAUGGUGUAAAAAGAAAACGGACUGGAGCCAUAGCAUCCUCCUAUUCACAGUAUGGGGCAGGUAGAAAUUCCUUAGAAGGGGAUUCCAGUGGUUUUUCACAUCAGGUUCAACAGCAUACGUACAAUCAAAAGUCAUAUCGUAGCUCCAGAACACCAGUUGGACCAGAGGAUCAGCUGAUGCGGAAGUAUACCCGAAGUAUUUUGCAGCCACCUGAUGAGACGUGCUCAAUAUGCAUGUGCAAUUUCCAGGAGAGUUCAGGGUUUUCUGAUGAAGAAGAUCAAGUGUCAGGGUUUCAUGGUAAUGGUGUUGUGAGCUUGAGCCUUUGUAAUCAUAUAUUCCAUGCAGCUUGUAUUAGGAGUAUGAUCAAAACUACUCCACAGUUUUUAGAAUGCCCUAAUUGCAAAACAAUUCAUGGAGAGAAAAGAGGCACUCAACCUGAUGGUAAAAUGAAGAUAACCAUCUUACCGCAGCCGCUUCCUGGGUAUAGAGGUAUUGAGACUAUACAGAUAACAUAUUGCAUAAAUGAUGGAAUUCAAGGUCCAGAACACCCCCAUCCGGGACGUCCUUACCGUGCCAUUGGCUUUCCACGCACUGCUUAUUUGCCAAACAACCAAAAGGGCAAAAAGGUUCUUGGGCUACUUCGAGAAGCAUUUGAGCGAAAAUUAAUAUUUACCAUUGGGACAUCAGUGACAACUGGCAUACAAGAUGCUGUUACUUGGAAUGAAAUCCACCAUAAGACUGAGUGGACGAAUGCAACAGGUCAUGGAUAUCCUGACCCCAAUUACCUGGACAAUGUUUUAAGGGAGCUAGCAAUACAGGGAGUCUCAGAAAGUACAUUAGUGUAAUGUUUGUAUUUAAACAAUACAUUGCCAGCCAUACACAUAUUAUAGAUUAAAUUUUGUUAUUUAUGGGAUAAGCGUAGCUAAUUAAUGUGAUAAAUAAAGUGGCCUUGAUUAGGACUAAUGAGAAUUUGGGAAGGUUACUGAAAUGUUCCUGUGAAGUUGUUCCUUUAAAGUACAGUAACAUUUACCACCAGUUAUAUUUUCAAGUUGGGGUUAAUGGAAAAAUUGUAUUGAUUGAGCUAGAGUGUAUAGAUUACAUAAUUUAAUUUUGUAAUAAAUUGUUUGUUGAUUAGUAGUCAGGUUGCCAUUCUGAAGUAAAUCAGGUGUUUUGUGUCUUGUCAUUCAGGGUAUUAUAUUAUUCAAACGGUGGGGUACUUGACUGUUUAUUCCUUGCUUAAAGUGUUGGGUUAGUUGCAUAGAUUUAGAAAAAAAUAUUUUAUAUAAAUGAGUUCUUGUAUCAGCAUUGAUACAAGUACUAUGUGACAUUGUUAACAUUUUAGGUGUUUGGAACAAAAAUUAAUGAUUUAUCAGUAUUUAAAGCUUUUACCUUAUAAAGUUUGUAUAGUUCCCUGAAGGAAAUAUGUAGCUAAAGAACUGUUGAUGCUGCCCUGUUAAAAGUUUUCAAGCUAAUAUAAAAAGAGAAUAAGUUCCUAAAAGUUGUGCAAAAUAAAAAAAAGGUUAUAUAUUACAAUAUUGUGUGGAGGUCCUAUUCACUGUCAACUGUUAUACUUCAUGUUGUGUGUUUGCCAUUUAGAGCUAAAAUAAAGUCUUUUGCAAUAACUUUAUAGCAUUUGUGCCAUACAAGGGCAUAAGUCAGUCUCUAAAUAAAAAAUUGUGAAAGAUUAACUGUGUAAUAGGUUACUCAUUAUGUAAGUUUUGUGCCCAUUUUCUGUAUGUACUGUAAUGGUUUGCCAAUACCAUAUGACAGUUUUACAGAUUUUCAUUUAUUUUAGUUUCAGACCAAAAAAUUUAAGAAAUCAUGUAGCAAGUUGGGUUUUAUUUUGUAUCAUUUGUAUUGGAAGAAAUAAAUGCCAACUCAAUCUUAUGUAAUUAACCAUAGGUUCUCAUGUAAUGUCAUGUUCCUUAAUAAAAUCAAGAUAUUAAUAUUAUUUUAAUUUUGAAAAUAAUAUAUGCUCUUGGAGGGGUUUCCUUUUCAAGUUUUAUAUUUGUACUGUAAUGUUAAACUGUAUUUUUCUGAUAAACUAAGCAGGUUAGUUUCAGUGAAUAGUAAGUUUGUUAUAAAACAAUGUUAAUGUAGGAUGGGUGAUAGUGUUGCAGUAGAGAUAUUUUUGUUUUAUGAUCAUGACUAAAUUUUCUAGGUUGAUAUUUAAUACAGCCCCUUGAAAUGGCCACUACCAGUAUAAGUAAAGUGAUUGUAUGUAUUGUAAAGUGGUUCCACCUUAUGUGGUUAGAAUGCUCGUAAUUACUAGGUCAGUGAGACUCCAGUUAAAUGGAAUUUCCAUUUAGAAGUGGCACAAUUACUUGUUCUUAGGAAAGUGAGAGAAAAGAGUUUAGUUUCUUAGGCAAACGAGAGUAAAGAAUUUAGUUGGUAAACGUACAUAUUCUGCAAGACUUGAAAAUUGAAAUGAUGAAAUAUCUUAAGUGUAUCAGUUCAGAAAGCAAUGUUGUUGAGUCAUUAUCUCCACACUCCUUUAUAGUUCCUUUUUGAAUCAUUCUUGCUUACUGAUUCCAUUGUUGCUGUUUAUUGGACGUUUCUUGGAAAAGAAAGUACAAAAUUCAAUCAAUGUUCCAAUUGAUGUAACUAGUAGCUGUGAAUUUUUAUUAGUCGUUAUUUAGCUUUUCCUUCUUUCUGUUUUGUCAGUCAAUAACAUCCAGUAUUUUGGUGCUAUAAUAAAUAUGUUAAGUUUAGCCUCUCAAAUAUAUAUAAUAUAUAUCUGCACACAGUAUAUUGUUUGCUGAAACAACUGCUUUGGUAGUUGCUCUCACAGUCUUAUCAAAGAUAAAGAUAUUCAUUAUUGUAUGUCACUUGCUAUGUAAUUGCAUUAUAUAUCUGCUAAUGAAGUUUUGUAAGUUCCCUCUAUUUUUCUUGUCAAUAUAAAUGUUUCAUUAAUCUACUAUAUUGGAUGAGGAUAUAUUCAAGAAUUAUUUCCUUAACUUUGUAGUUAAUGUUCAUUUAAAAUAAAUAGUAAAUUUUCUUUGUAAAAAAAAUGUUAAUUAAGUUUAUUUCGCUGCAGAUUUAUAUUAAAACUUAUACACAUU